GUGUCACUGGAAACCUGCUUUUGAAUGGUCAAAGUCAGAGGCAGGAAAUAUUCUUUUAAGGCUGAUCAAUAGAUCUAAAUCAGUCUUACCGUUUCCAGUCUUGUUGUUAUAGAUUCAGUUUGGAGGCUGGCCUCAGGCUCAGAGCGGAGGUCUUUGAAGUCUGAAGCGCACAAAUAUAUUUAAAAUGACCUGAAUAUCUAUUUGUAGUUCCGAUUUAUGUUUCUCUGAGGAAAUUAAGUUUAUGUUGGCAAAUGAGGAAAACAGCGGGAUUCAUAUUGUGUGAUUCCAUUAUUUACUCAGUCUUUUGUCACUUGGGAAUUAAAUGAUCUCUGCCAUUUUCAAUAUCCGUGUUAUUAUAUGUCAGCUGUGGCUGUUGACUGCCUCACCUCUUAUCAGAACAGUAGGUCACUGAGCAAGGCCCAUUAGCCUUUGAAAGGGCGUUGGGGGAAGGCGGGCAUGGCAUAUUCUAGAAAACGAGAGUGAGUUCAAAUCACCUCUGCACUACCUGACAUCGUUGGGACGGUCCCGCAGAAGGCUGCGCAUAUAUUUAUUUCUGCAUGGAAAAAGAAGCAGUCCCACCCGCCAAAGGAAAUGAAUAUUGACUUCACAGAAACAAAGACAACACAUCUGAAUGGAACAAAAAAAAGGCGAGAAAAAGCUCACAGCUACUGUAUAAUCGGCAACUGCAUUAUUGGUCUUACUGAGAUUACAGUGAGGGGGAGAGAUAAAGGGACCCGCCUGCGGAGGAACUGCAACUGUGCGCGCUUUCAUCCAGAAGACAGCUUGCCUUGUUAAAACCUGCUUUGUUGAAUUAAACACGUUGACCGAUGAAAAUGAAGAUGAAGAACCCUCUUGGAUAAAUCGAAGUGCAUGGGAAGGAUGCUGCUCUCACCAGGAGCAGGUGUAUUCAGCCAAGUGGAUGCGCAGGGCACAGAGCAGGAGCGACGCACAACAGCCAUCGGACCACAACACCUGCUCCAACGGAAAACCCCUCAUGUUUAGAUAUGCUGCUGGUUAACGCACUUCUACCUUCAAAAUAACGGGAUUAUGUUGAUGCUUUUUAUAUCUCUUAACCAGGAGAAUGUGGGUAUCGUGAAACUGAUGGACGCACAGCUCGUUUGGAAAAUACUAUAGUGACACAAAAGAUCAAGGACUGCUCUGCUGGCUUCUCAUGAGGCUGCUUCUCUGAAAUCAAUCUUGUUCUUAUCAAGGACAUAAUCAUCUGCAAGGAUGCCCGGAGCACUUCUAUCAACGCAGUCGCUCUACAUAGGAAUGGAGGUGGUGAUUGCAGUCGCGUCUGUAAUCGGAAAUGUGAUGGUGGUUUGGGCGGUGAAAAUUAACAAAUCGUUGCGAGACAACACGUUUUGUUUCAUCGUCUCCUUAGCUCUGGCGGAUAUUGCAGUGGGAGCCCUGGUCAUUCCUUUGGCCAUUACCAUCAGCAUCGGACUCCAAACUCACUUUUACAGCUGCCUGCUUGUCGCGUGCACGGUGCUGGUGCUGACGCAAAGUUCAAUCCUGGCCCUACUGGCUAUUGCAAUUGACCGCUAUCUCAGGGUCAAGAUCCCGACCAGGUACAAGCGGGUGGUGACCCGUCGGCGAGCAGGGCUGGCAGUGGUGAUAUGCUGGACGGUGGCCUUCAUCGUGGGGCUCACCCCCAUGUUAGGCUGGAACAACCUCAAGCGUCUCCAGCAGAACGGCUCCAUCAGCUCUGACCUCAUUAUCACUUGCCAGUUCGAAAAUGUCAUCAGCAUGGACUACAUGGUCUAUUUCAACUUUUUCGGAUGGGUGCUGCCGCCGCUGCUAUUUAUGCUGGUCAUCUAUGCAGAGAUCUUCUACGUGAUCCACAAGCAACUUAACAAUAAGAAGUUCAACACCAGUCACUCAGACCCCAACAAGUACUAUGACAAGGAGCUGAAUCUUGCAAAAUCGCUGGCUCUGGUUCUUUUUCUCUUUGCGAUCAGCUGGCUCCCCCUCCACAUCAUCAACUGCAUCACACUCUUCUGCCCUGAGUGCCAGAAGCCUAUAGUCCUCAUCUACAUCGCCAUCCUGCUCACCCAUGGCAACUCUGCUGUCAACCCAAUUAUCUACGCUUUCCGUAUUAAGAAGUUCCGCACGGCCUUCAGGAAAAUCUGGCUGCAAUACUUCUGCUGCAAGGACACACCAGCUCUGGAGAUUCAGCCCAGCGACAGGAAAGAGAUGCCCAAUCCAGAGCCACAGCCAACGACACCACCACAGCCCCCACAGAAGGAAAGCCUCAAAUCUGAUCCACUACAGCAGCAGCCACCUCCACCUGAGCAGCAGCAGGACCAGAGGACCGAACCACCUCAACAACCUAAAGAACAUCCGCCCUUACUGGAACAGAACACAGUCUAAGCCAAGGAAUGGAGCUGAUGGCUGGCUGGGAAAAGAAUUAACAGUGCACGAGCAUUGGUUCUCUCCUCAUUUGAAUGUAGUCUAAUGAGGAGCAUGAAGUGCUACAAUGCUGUAGUGACGGAGCUGACCUGGAUCAUAAAUCCAAAACACUGGAAGAUUAUUUAUCAUUACUCAGGAGUAGUGGAUUUUAUGAAAGUUUGGUCAGAGCAAAAAAGAAAAAAAGGGUUAUCUAUUUCUUGCAAUAAUUGAAGUCUUUUUCGCAAUGACUAUCUUAGUAACAGACUGAAGACAUUAACUGUUGUUUAUUAUGGUCAAACAGUUGAUGUGAACAUUACAAAAUGUGAAAUGUAAGUUAUUGUGGUUGGUCAGUAUCAGAUAUUAUAACUUGCUAUAGAGUUUGUACGUUCAGUAGAGUAGGUUCAUUUUAUUUCUGUGUGUAUGUUUAAACGGACAGUAGCUGAAGAAUAUGAAUGUAAUAAUGUAAAUAGGAGACGACAGCAGCACAACUUUGAACGCUCAUCUCUUCUUCAGGGUCUUUAUCGCACAACAGUGGUAGAGCAAGUGGCACUAUGGGCGAGCUUUUUGCAGCAAGGAGCCUUGUGUGCAGAUGGAAAGAUUUUGUAAUCCCUUAACCCUUAUCCACUGGUGGAUCUGGCAGCCCUGGUCCAUUACUGAGGAGAUGGACAGGGAUAAGAAACAAGCAGCUGGAUAGACUGGCUGGUUUUAACCUUUUAGAAGCUGCGUGAAGGAGACUCGCUGCUGCAGGACGACAGCUACUCAUGGGGGAGAAAGACAAGAUGCACUUAAAGCUUGUGUUUAUCCAGCCUCCAUGCCAGCUGCUGGUGAAAGUUGUUUUUCCUUUUUUACAUUACAUGGACUGAUAACAUUAUCACAACUUACCACCAGGAACAGUGGCUUCCAUGGCCUUAUUCAGUCUUGUAAUUAGUACGGACUGGACUGGAAAAUGCCACCUGAAGAUUGUGAGUAUCUUAACUAAACUGUAAACUCAACAUUUUGCAUAAUGUCAAACUGGGGCAUCUGUAGAUUAGAAAUGAUGUUUAAUGCCAAUGACAAAAACACUUUGAGAAUGUAAAGUAAUUCUGUUUUGUCUAUUGUAAAGACUCAGAGCUCUAGCCAAGAAAGUUUACUGAUGUUCUCCUGAGUGGCUGACAAUCUCUUAUGUAUUUUCUAUUACAGUCUUGACAAAAAAACGUUGGGAGCAUGAGCAGUCAGUCAGUCAACAUUUUGAUGCUCGGAUGGCCCGGAAGACAGAAACCUUAAUGCAAUCCACACCAAACUGUAGGCUAGAUGUACUGUAUAUAACACACACUUGAGGGAAAAAAAGAGGAUGAACAAACGUAUGAUAUAAUGUCCUUAAUGCUGUUUUUAAGAUAUGUUUACAGUAUUGAGUCCAAUUGAACAGUGAAAUAUACAUAUUUGGGAUGUAUUAUUUCAGAGCUAGAUGAAUGACCUCUGGUGCAAAUGUGACUACUGAGCAUACAGUCUAACUCUGUCUCCAAGAAAUGAUGUUAAGAAACAACUAAUGUGCAACAGUAUAUGUUUUGAAGCAAACCUAAAGCUACCAAAAAUAUGCUUUCGAUUGAGUACAUGUCAAGUCACAAAAAUGUUGAUACUGAACUAGGAGUUUCACGAUAUACCGGUAAUGACGAUAAGAAAGUUAUGGUUGCAGACUCUCACUCCAUCUCCCUACACUCGUAUUUUCAGUGUAAUUAAUUUGCCAAAAAAGAGAAAACGCACAAUAAACAAAGUUAAACAUGAA